AUGGUGAGUAAAUAGCCUCUUUGUAAUGAGUGUCCAGUGUGUCUCAAAGAACUGUGAUCAGCUCCCGUACACUGCUCCCGUUUUAGCUGUGGUCUUUUUGUCAGACUGUUCAAUGCUUUGCUGCAGGCGCUUAGAUGAUACAGUUAAUAAAAUGUUUGAUUUUGCAGGGAUUUGACAGAAAAUAAACACUCGUACUCUGACUUGUGUUUAUGAGAGUAUGUUAAGCCUCUGAGUGCAAUAAUCAGACAGGGCUUACUGGUAUAGACAAGGUUUUGAGAGCUGACUCCACUGAUUAGGGUGGAAAAUGUGACCGUUGCUAAGUUACGAUUUGAUGUCAAUCCUGCUGCCUUCUCCAGGCUGAGGGUAUGAUCUCUGUUUGCUUAAUGGUUUUGAUGCUCUUCUGGGGACAUACCCCCCAAAUUGUCCUCUCAAUUUUAAAAUGCUACCUUGUAAAUGUUAGGAGCAAAACUGAGAUUUUAAGAUGAUUAUAAAGUUAGAAAGAGAAUUAGUGACUUUAAAUACAUGUGAUUCUGUAUCAUGUGUUAAGAUUAGGAACUAGAGGAGGAGGGACCAAAUGGAAACCCGAGGACCUCCCACCACCAACACAACCCCAUACCUUUGAACCAGAUUGGUUUUUUGGGCCAAGAAUGCAGCCUCUCAUUAUAUCCAGAUGGGAUCUUAGGCAGCCAAUCACAGUUAGUGUUUUUGAAGCUGCCCCCUCUCUGAUCAGUGUAACUGUUUUCCCCCUGUUCUGUCCCAUCAGGCCGGUAAAAUUCAGAGUUUGACCGAGGAGGAGAGGACGCACCUUCUACCUCUGCUACGCAGCGCCCAGUGGGUGGAGGUUGUUGGUCGGGACGCCAUUUACAAAGAGUUUAUUUUUAAAGACUUCAAUCAGGUUCUUGAAACAUCACAUCUGAUCAGUCCGUUCAGGACACUGAAUACAUACAUGACCAAUGACUCAAGAUUGUUUUUUCUUUCAGGCGUUUGGCUUCAUGUCCAGAGUGGCUUUACAAGCAGAGAAGAUGGACCAUCAUCCUGAGUGGUUUAACGUUUAUAACAAGGUAUUCAACAUAAUCCAUGACUCAAACAUGGCUGCGCUGAGUCCUAGCCCCCUCAGUUUUAACAUAUGACAAUAAGUGAAAUAAAGCAUUCAUAACAGUUCAUAUCCAUGUCUAUGAAGAGUUUUAGGUAGUGAGCGUAAUGUCUUAUAAGGUUAGCAUUUAUAAUGUAAAAGACACAAUUUUAUUUUGGUGCGGAGUAUUUUUGUUUGACGCUUACUUACAGCCACUAUAGUCUGCAUAUAAGUUCUUAUAUAUGUGUAAUAAUUAUUAAUAACCUUGUACACAGAGCUGUCACCUUAAUUGAAGAGCUCUAAGUUAUGACUGAACAUUUUGAGAGUAUUUCUAAGACAUUGAAAAUCAUAGAAACUGUAAGUUUUUCAAUGAUACACAGAAAGUGUUCUUUGCGAACCUUUAAUAAAGGGGUAAAGUUGUUAGAGCUGUGAUAUUUUGUCAAACCCAGAAUUCAAAAGAGGCUUUUUUUUUUUCUUUGGCAUUAAGGUAUAAUACAUAGUAAACCCUACCUUUACACGACGUUAUGCUCACUUUAUACACUGUAUUACUAUUCUCAAAAGUUAAAUCUUAUUCUGUUUAUUUCUUUUUUUAAUGUGGCCUGAAUGCACCAUCAUAUUAUGAAUCGAGUGGUUUUCUGAUCUUCUUAUCUUUAUCUUUAAAAAAUAUAUACAGUCUGUUGUUUUAUAAAGAAACUUUACAAACAGCAAGAGCUCUGGUUGGUAAAAGAGCAAAGAGGCUGUGAAGAGGAUUAAGUGUUUAUUCAGAGAUCUUCACUGCUCUUUGUUGGUUAUGUGCAUUUUUUUCACAUUUAUUGUAACUCAUCAAGACAAAAGUUCAACACAUCAUCACUCUUAAAAACGUUGUCUUGAACAUGGAGAAGUGGUUUCUGCAUGUCAUGAAUAACUUCCACAACAAAUGCUUAUUUUGGCAGGAGCUAUGUCUUUACAACAGGUGAGGCUGAUGGGAAAUGUGGUCUUCACUGCAGAUAAACACUCCAGAUUUUGUUCAAACAGAGUCAUUACAGUGAAAACUCCUCACAGUGUUUUCACUUGAGAAAAAUAUUCUAGUCAUAUAAAGUCAUAAUCACAUUUUUCUUCCCUCUGCUCUACUCUGGUCUGAUUGUUCAGGUCCAGAUAACACUCAGCACACAUGACUGUGGGGGGCUGUCCCAGCGGGACAUCACUUUGGCCAGCUUCAUCGACCAGGCAUCAUUGAUGUGA